GCCGGGCGUUCCGGCACCUCCGCCUGGGAGUCGGCCCGGGCGCCCCCGGCUACGGAAGGCUGGGACGGCACCCGAGUCCGGCCGAGCCCCGCGUUUCGGCGCUCCUGGUGCAAAUCGGCCUGCGCAGGGUCAGCGUAAAGGCCAUCUUGAGCGCCGGAUUAAGCUGGAGAUGCCUGUGCCUGCCCUGUGGAGAGGGGACAAGCCAGCCAGAGUCUCAUGGUAGAAUGGAGGACUUUACUAACGCUACACCUUUGGACACUGGGCCUUUCUAUUUCUUUGAUCAGUGGAAACCUAAAAGGAAAACAUGGAGUAAAAGAACCUGUGACCCGAAAUAUAUGUCAGAAGAUGAGUGUUGUCUUCCAGAGGAAAUAAAACCAAGAGAACGAAAGAAAGCAAAACUACCUAAAGUAGCUGCAUCUGAAAAAGAGGAUGAAAAAGAGGAGGAGUUGCCCGUACCCAGCAUCUCACAAUCUCCUAGUAUGCCCAAGCUUCCUCCUAAACAGAAAUUCUCCAAAAUACAGGUGACAAAGAAGCUGUUUGAAGAAUACAAACUCACUGCGCCUGAAAUACUGUAUGAACUUGGGGAGACAUUGCGGAAGUAUACUAAGUGUAAGAUUACUUUCCCUGUGGGAAUUGUAAAUCUCAUGAACUACACUUGGGAAGAUCUUACUGAAGGUGCUUAUAAACAUGUAUCCAGAGAUUCAGCAUUAGAACAAGACAGUGCCUUGCAAGGAGAUUCCAAUUUCAUGACCUCAGUUGACGUAAUUGAACCCCAAAUCAGCAGCUCUUCAAGAAAAAUAAGUCAUAAAGAAAAUCACUCAGUUAAAUCAAAAAAAGACCAUGAUGUUGCAUCAAGUAAAUCUAUGGAAAAAACACUCAAGCAAAACCAGUCUUCAGAGAACUUUGAGUGUAACAGUUCUUCUGAUGUCAUCCACUUCUCACUGUCAUCUAAGAUCUGUGUAGAAAAUAAGUUCACUUUACCCACCGAAACCGAGGUCAACUCUGACAAGGAACCAGAGGAGAAAGAUCGGAUCUUUCAGCAUCCUUACUCAAAAUUGGAAAUUCUGAAGUGGAAGACACUCCUCAGUACUGCUGUGAAGAGACUACAAGUAGCCAUAAUUCAAAUAAAAACAGAAGAAGAUAAGCUAAAAAAAGAGGGCUUCAACAAACAACUCAUCCUGCGCCACUAUGACGAGCCUGAGGGUGAGCAGAUAAGCAGAGGCCACCAGGGUGCCCAGAGUUUCUGGCUGCAGCUGCUGGAGAAGAAGCCUCAGAUGCCCGUCAUCAGAAAGGCUGGCCCUGAGGAGAAAAAAUUCCAUUAUGCCCUGGUAGAUGGCUCCUCUCUCACCUAG